AUGAGCUCACCAACCCGGCCUUGGCUUAGCCACGAGGACAGUUUCCACUCUUCUCCUCUGCAUACCCGAACAAGCACCCUGACAACAUUGAUCCGGAGCCGUUCUCAGCAAAGCCUAUCGAGCCCACGGCAGUCGCCUCCGGUGCCGCGCCAUCUCGUAGAAGACGAAGAGACGGGACCUAUACGGGCCUUGAGGUUGCGCAACGAAGAUGAUGCUACGAUUGAGAGACUCUUGCGGGACGAGCGACGGCUGUCGCAGAUUCUGCACGGCCCGCAGGCGCGGAGCUUGAGGCUCAUCGGGAGAAGCAACCCGCGGUAUCGCUGGGAGCAGUACUGGAAGACGGAAGAAGAACUCGGUACGAUGAGGAAACCGAUACGCGACUUCUACCGGAGGACGAACUCGCUUAUUCAACAGUACAUGUAUAUCGACUGUCUUCUUGAUUCAUCCAUCCCUCAUGAGCUCUUGAAUGAAUAUGCGGAUGAGCUCGAGGCCUCGGCCUUCAGAUCCGUUGAUGUCCCAGAUACCAUUACCGAAGAAACCCCCCAGGCCUCAUACAAGUCCCAGUCACAUCUCGAUCAAGUUAAUGGAACAUAUGGCUCGAUCAGCAAUAACACUACCAUGAACAAUAGCAGCUCAUCGUCAACUCUCAAGGGGGCACAGCCCCAGCCCCAGCCCCAGAGGCGAACUCCAAAGGACAUUUUCCGCUCUUCUGAGAACCUGCCUCUGUUACAGCACCAAGACGAUGAGGGCGUCGACAGCGAGCCGCCUUCGCGAUCGCAGUCCCCUCAGCCAGCCACGCCCAAGGAAGCUGGCCCUCGCCCAAACCUUCCGUGGUUGGAGGAUGCUGACCUGGAUCACGACGACCCCAUUGUGACUUUUGCUAUCUGGAUCAACCUCAUUGCAAACAUCAUUCUCCUGGCAGGUAAAAUUGCCGUCAUCAUCUCUGUUCCUUCCAUGUCUGUCCUCGCAGCCUUGGUCGACGCUGUCCUUGAUUUGCUGAGCACCGCCAUCGUCUGGACGACAACACGGCUCAUCUCCGCAAGCCAGCGGGAUCAGCACAAUUAUCCCGUGGGACGGUCACGAUUGGAGCCUCUUGGCGUGCUGGUUUUCUCGGUCAUCAUGGUGACCUCCUUCUUCCAAGUCAGCCUUGAAUGUGUUCAGCGACUUGCUGGCCCUGAUGACCAAGUCCUCCAGCUGGGAUUACCGGCCAUCAUCAUCAUGAUAACAACUAUUGUAAUAAAAGGCGGCUGCUGGCUAUGGUGCCGUCUUGUGAAGAAUUCAAGUGUCCGGGCCUUAGCGGACGAUGCCAUCACUGAUGUCGUGUUUAAUGUCGGCUCCAUUCUAUUUCCACUGGUUGGCUUCUAUGGCCAAAUCUGGUGGCUUGACGCUUCCGGCGGUCUCCUCCUCUCCCUCUUUGUGAUUCUUAUCUGGAGCCGCACUUCCGCCCAGCAUAUCCGCAACCUGACCGGAUUCUCUGCCCAGCCCGAUGAGCGAAACUUGCUGCUCUAUCUCACCAUGCGCUUUGCCACCGCCAUCCGUCAGAUUCAGAACCUGCGUGCCUAUCACGCGGGCGACAAACUUUUUGUGGAGGUGGACAUUGUGCUCUCUGCCAUUACGCCACUUAAAGACAGCCACGAUCUGAGUGAAGUACUAACCUAUUUCCUCGAAUCCGUUCCCAUUGUGGACAGGGCGUUUGUUCACGUGGAUUACUUGAGUUACAACGCGCCGACGCACAUGCUCAAGCAACCUGCUACAUGA